AUGCAACCCCCCAGUGCGAACAAUAACACUGGGCCUGGAUCACCUUGGGAGACAGUGAGCUACAUCCUAAUCGUCGUCGUCGUUGCCCUGAUGGUCGGUUUGUGCUUUUUGUGCGCCAGCCGCAAGGCGCGAGCAAGUGCUCACGAUAUCGAAAUGGGAGCGAUGCGUAACAGACUCCAGGAGGCGGCCAAGACGACCGAAGAGCACAGCUCCGCGCUCCAGACCAUGGAAGUGCACCUCCAAGACACCCUGCAACAUGUGGCCUACCGCACCCGGAUGGAGGAGAUCAUGAACACAAAGAUGAUCGAGCUACAGCGCAAGGUGGACUCGCUGCAGGCUGCCAACCGUGCCCUGACCGGCCAGGACGACUUUCAGGAGAGCGACGGUGGGGCUGGCAACCGCGGCCUGGUAGACCCCAACUCGCGCUCCGUCAUUGCUGAUAUUGUGCUUGCCCAGGGUCCCGCUGGCUCGGGUCACGGUGCUCCUCGCUCGCUGGAGGACGAGCUGGCUGCGGCCGAGUUUGACGAAUAUCUCGAUGAUCCGUUUGCUGUCGGCGAUGAGCUGCAUGCCUCAACUGAAUGCUUGCCAGACGACUGCCGGAUAGAUGAUUCUAGGAGCGAUGUGUCGACGCUGCACGGGGACGAGAUAAGAAUCCAGCCCGACAGCGACUCCGUCAGCGUCUUAUCACAGUAUCAUCGUGAUUCGGCCAUCGUGGAAGAAUUCCAGCCGGUGACGAUUGCCCAUGCGCAGGCGCAAACAAUCGUUGUUUCUGGCGAUCGCUAA